AGAAUAAGUGACAGUUUAGAGCUUCAAUUCCUGUUUACUCUGUUCCAUUUUGCUUUGAAUCCACCCCUUCUGACGACAUUUGGUACCAGUCGCGAGCUGAAAUCGCUACAGCUGGAAAAUUACAGAUUGGAGAAGCAAAUACUUCUUCAUCAAAUGAAUCUGGGCAAUAGAGAGCCCACGAUGCAGGUUACAGGCUCCGAUGGUACCGUCGACGCAAAACCGUUCAAGUCGGACGAACGUCCGCAGCAUCGGCGAAGUCUGGCCACUGAUCCAAGCAGAUCCGCUGCUGCAAGUGGUAGCACCCCCUUGAGCUUGUCCAGUUAUUUCAGCCGCGAGCAUCUGCUGCAUCGUCGCAGCUUUUACAGCGCCCGUUCGAGUCCGACGCCCGGUCGAGCGGGCACUUCGAACGAGGCGAACGCUUCGAUGGCCUCCAAAAUGUCAUCAAUCCCGACGACGGCGGCCACCAGCAGUUUGGCGCCGUCGAACCUGCCGUCCAGUCCCGUUCUGACGACGUCCAGAGCCAACAGCCCGGUCUGCACUACCCCCGGCUCGAGUACCGGGUCCAGCCGACACUUGACGGUCUCUGAGCCGUCUGCCGGCUGGAAUCGGCGACGCACCAGCCACAGCUCGAACCCCAGCGUGGUCACCAGCCAACCGGGCGCAAAGGAAGACCGGUUGGCGGAAAGACAAGAGGUUGCAGGAGAAAAGGAGAAGAGAUUGCCCAACGGGGAACACUUGUUGAUCACGCAGAAUGAAGUACCAAAGGUGGAAUUUUCCCACAAUCAUAUUAGUUCUAUUUGGCGUGAAUAA